AUGAAUAAUCAAAAAUUGCCAGACUUGUAUGAGUUUUUGGGUGUUACACCAGAAUCAACAGAUGAUCAAAUAAAGAAAGCAUAUAGAAAAUUGGCAAUGAAAUAUCACCCAGAUAAAAAUCCAGGUUCAGACGAAAAGUUUAAAGAAUUAAAUGCAGUUUACGAGAUAUUAUCAGAUCCACAAAAAAAGAAAACCUAUGAUUUAUUUAGGGAUUCUAAUAUGUCAAUGCCAGAGUUUGCAGCAAGAAGUGGUCAAGAUUAUGCAACAUUAGAGAAAGAAAUUGAAGGUUUUAUGUGUGGUUCCGUUAUAGGUUUAUUAUAUUCUCUAAUUGCAAUCUCUGUUAAUAUUAUAUUUGGUAUACCUUUAACAACUGCUUUCUUUCCAUCAAUGGUAUUUUUUAUAUCACCAGCAAUUAUAACAAGAGGUAGUAAUUUUUCAAAGGGAUUUAUAUUGGGAGGAGCAACUGGUGUAAUAAUGUCACCAGUAUUCUUUGCAGUUCAAAUCUUUUCAUAUAGUAAAUAUUUAAUUGAAAAACCAAUAAGAUAUAUUUUGGGUAAAAGGGAUGGUACAAACUCAACAAAUGUUGGUAGCGCACCAACAUUACUAUUGGACGAAGAGGAUUGGGAGUUUAUAAACAAACAAAAGUUAGAAUACGAAAAAAUAGAUGAAAUCGAAAGAAAUUGGACAUUUUUACAUGAAAAUCAAGAUAAAUAUAAUAAUCACGACUUUAGAAACCUAUCAUUAUUUCAAAGUUCUUUAGAAAAUAUUAAAACAACCGUUAGAGUUAUUAAAGAACAUUAUGAAAAACAAGAUAAUUCUUUUGAAUCUGAAUUAAUUUUAACAAAAUUAUUAGAAUCUUUAGUUUUUAUCAAUGAUAUAGAACUUAUUUUUAAUACUACAAAUACAAAUACAAAUACAAAUACAAAUACAAAUACAAAUACAAAUACAAUUACAAAUGCAAACAAUAACAAUAAUAAUAAUAAUAAUGAAGGAAAUAAUAGUGAAGAUAGUGGUAGUACCAAUAAAGAAAAUAAUCAAAGUAUUAGUAAUGAUAUUGAAAGUGUUAAAAAAAGAAUUGAAUCAGUUUUAAAUUUGGUUUUAGGGUUUAUUACAAGUGAACAUAGUGGUUAUUUAGUGAAUAUGAGAAUUUUAACCUUAAUAAAAAAUAUGGAGAUAUUUUUAGAAGAAUACGUUUUUAAUCAAUUUGAAUAUUAUCAAAUUUAA